GGGUACCUCUUCAGAAAAAUGCAGAUAUUUUGCUCUCUCCUGUAUGCAAGAUGAAGAUGAGUGUAAUCUAACAAGUUUGAACUGGGCGGCUCUUAAGGCAUUGAAUUUAAGAUACAAUUUUCCAGUUUCCGGAUUUUCUCGAUAUUUCUGGGUUACCAAACAGAAAAUUUCCCUGCAAUUUAGAAUUUCCGUAUCGCAAAAUACUUGCUUGGAGCUUCAGAAAGCUGUUGUGUUGCUGGAAGCUUAGAAUUCUUCAAUUGGGUCAUGCUGUUCAGGUGAGUUGUAUCACAAAACCCAGUUCGUAUGAUCGAAGAAAUGCCAAAUUUGUAAUCUUUAUGUGUUCAUGUGUUAGUUUUUAAUUCUGGGUUUAUGGGGGAGGUGAUGAGGGUUUCAGUUUCCGUAGUGAUUAAUGCAAAUGGGUUUAAUCUCCAACACAAACCAUGUAGUCCAUCGAGUUCUAACCGUAAAAUCAGCUUUCAGCUUUCUCAAAAGUGCUUAGUUUCCAUGUGGUUGCCCAAUUUGUUGUUGCCAAGGAAGGCGAAAUCUCUGACAUUGCAGAACAUGGUGGCUGGUGUGCAGUCUGGGUUGGUUUGUGAGGAAGAGGAAGAAGAUAAAUUGAUUCGAAACCGGGGAUAUGGUGAUGAUGCUGCUUUUGUUAAGCAAAAAUUGCCUCCUUGGGGAGAGUUGGAAUUUGACAAGGACUUGGAUGUAGAACCUGAGGUUGUGAUCCAGCCUGAGUCGAAUUUGAAUAGGAAGGCUACAUUGAAUGUGGACAGGGUUGGUUAUCUGGAGGAGAUGGAUGAAGAAACAUUAUCGAAGCGGAUUUUGGUGCUUAGUAGAACAAAUAAGACUCGAAGUGCGUUGGAACUGUUUACUUCCAUGGAACUAGCAGGCCUUCUUCCUAAUUUACAUGCUUGUAAUUCGCUGUUGUCUUGCCUCUUGAGAAACGGGCUGCUUGAUGACGGUUUGAGGGUUUUUGAGUUUAAGAGAAAGAGGUUGACCACGGGGCAUAGUUAUAGCUUAGUACUUAAGGCAGUUUCUGUUGUUGAGGGCUGUGACUCUGCUAUCGAAAUGUUUUUGGAAAUGGAAGAGGAAAGUGAAGCAAGAGAUGCUUUUGAUACCAUCGUCUAUAACACUAUGAUAUCGAUUUGUGGUAAAGUGAAGAAUUGGCGUGAAACCGAGAGAUUGUGGAGACGUAUUAAGGAGAACAACCAUGCUGGAACACGAGUUACUUAUUGCCUCUUAGUUAGCAUUUUUGUUCGUUGUGGUCAGCAUGAGCUAGCUCUUGAUGCUUACGAUGAAAUGAUUCAAAAUGAUUUUGAACCAGGGGAUGAUACAAUGCACGCUAUCAUCGGUGCAUGCUCAAAGGACGGAAAGUGGGAUACUGCGCUAAACAUCUUCGAUAAUAUGUUGAACAGUGGACUCAAGCCAAAUCCAGUUGCAUUCAAUGCAUUGAUAAAUUCACUUGGGAAAGCUGGGGAGGUUGAACUAGCAUUCAAGGUAUAUAACAUCAUGAAAUCUUUGGGUCAUUCACCCGACACUUACACAUGGAAUGCAUUACUUGGUGCACUGUAUAGAGCAAAUCGACACGGUGAAGCUCUUAAGCUUUAUGAGAGUAUCAAGACAAGUCAGGGCUCUCAGUUAAACUCUCAUUUGUACAAUACGGCCUUAAUGUCUUGUUCGAAGCUCGGUCUAUGGGAUAAAGCUCUAAAGCUUUUAUGGCAAUUAGAAGCUUCUGGGCAGUCAGUUUCAACUGCGUCAUAUAAUCUUGUAAUCAGUGCUUGUGAGAGGGCAAGGAAACCUGAAGUUGCACUGCAAGUUUACGAGCACAUGGUUCACCAGAAGUGCACCGCAGACACAUUUACUCAUCUGUCACUAAUACGAGGUUGCAUUUGGGGUUCUCUCUGGGAUGAAGUCGAGGAAAUCCUCAACUGUGCUGCACCAGAUGCAUCGCUCUAUAACGCUGUCAUUCAAGGAAUGUGCUUACGAGGCAAAACAGAACUAGCAAAGAAGCUUUACGCAAAGAUGCGCGAGAGCGGUCUGCAACCCGAUGGGAAAACCCGGGCUAUGAUGUUGCAAAAUUUGCAAAGACGGAAGAAGAAUCCGCAGCCUUCUCGUUACAAAACAAGUAACAAGUUUUCUUAUUAUCGCCGUUAACUGAUGUCGUUCAUCUUGUUCAUGACUUGAACCAGUUGGAUGUAUACUUGUAAAUUUUACCAUUAUACUUCUAUGACCAUCUAUGGAUGGCGAAUGCUAGCGUCUCCGCUCACGUGCUUAAUUGAUUUGUGCUUCAACGCUUGACA